CGUCUGUGCGCUCCUCGCAAUUACCUGUUCCUACUGCACUGAUGUGAGAGCGAAUUGGCGAGCACAUGCCACGUUGAGAGAAGAACAUCCGAACUGAACACCAGCAACAGGGGCUCGCGAGGACCAUUUGAGUUUAAUCCACCUUAAAAAGAAAGAAAAAGAAAACUCCACCAAGUGGUUUAACAAACCUCCGAAACAAGCAGCCGACCGAGGAUCUGAGAGACCCGCAAGGAUGCACUUGUUGUCCGCCAGCUGCGUGCGUGCCCUCCUCUUCGCCACGCUCCUCCGUCAAGUCAGCGGUUUGGAGACUGUUAUCGGCCUGUAUGGGGAGACAUUCGAGAUCCCCUGCAACAUCGGAGCCAUGAAAGCAGAAGACAUCAUGAUAACUAAAUGGAAAUAUGACAAAGGAGCGGGACUUUCGGGAGACCUGCUGGUCAAGCAGAAAGACCAGGAUGUCUCAAUCAGCGCCACUGAUGAAUACAAGGGUCGCGUCAGCAUGGGCGCAAACUCCAGCCUGCUGCUUUCUGCAGCCAAGCUGACUGACCAGCGCACUUUCACCUGCAUGGUGGUGGUUGCAGACAUCGCAGAAUAUCCAGUCAACGUGGUGAUCUACAAGACGCCGGCAGGCCUGGAGAUUUCUGACAAAGCGGACGAGCUCGAGAUUGGCAAACUUACUAAGCUUGGGACAUGUGUUGCAAAAGACUCCAAUCCAGCUGCAAAUAUCACAUGGCUCAAGAACAGCACACCUCUGGUGGCUGAUGGGAAAGGGAUUUCUAUCCAAGCUUCAGUGCUGGUGGACCCCGUUACUGGCCUUUCAACUACUUCUUCCACACUGGAGUUCUCGGCCGAGAAGGAAGACACAGAUGCUGAGUUCACCUGCAGCACUCAGCCCACUGUGGGCACAGAGCUGGUGUCCUCUCCAGCAACCUUCACUGUCACCUACUCCACAGAGAACAUCGUCCUUCAGGUAACUGCUCAGGAGCCUCUUGUCGAAGGAGGCAACGUGACUCUGAAGUGUCUGGCAGAUGGUAACCCGGCUCCUACAGCCUUUAACUUCCACCUUAAGGGAGAGUUGGUGAAAGUGGAAAACGCAGACACUUACACCAUCACGAAUGUGUCCCGUGCCUCCACCGGUGAAUACAAAUGCUCUCUUGUGGACGACCCAACAAUGGAAGCAUCAAAGGACAUCACAGUCAGCUACCUAGACAUCAAUCUAAGCCCCUCUGGAAACAUCGUCGAGAAGGCCGGUCAGGCUUUGGAUCUAACUCUCCAGAUUAAUGCCUCUGGAGACUCCAAGGUCACCUGGACAAAGGACAAUGUUAAACUGGACAAAGAGCCCGAGUUCACCAAGCUGACUUACGCUGACUCCGGCCGCUAUGAGUGUGAGGUGACCAUGGGGCUCCUCAGCCAAAAAGAUUUUCUUGAGCUGGUUGUCGAAGGUGUUCCAGUUAUCAGACAGCUGUCUAAAAAACGCGGUGAAGACGGCGCACACAAAGUCCUGAUCUGUGAGGUUGAAGGAUCUCCAAAGCCAGCUGUUUCCUGGAGCAUCAACGGCACCUUGCUUGAUGAGAGUCCCUUCGUCAACGGAAAGAUAACACACAAGAUCACAGUUGUGCCUGCUGCAAAUCUUACCGUGUCUUGUUCGGUGUCCAAUGAGUUUGGCGCGGACAGUAGGACUAUAAAUGUGUCAUCCCUAAUUGAGGAGGUGAGAAUGGAUAAACAAGACCAAUCGGAUGAUAACGACCAAACCAAGGUGGUGGUUGGAGUUGUGGUCGGUCUCCUCCUCGCCACGGUGGUUAUUGGCCUGGCAUACUGGGUCUACAUGAAGAAAUCCAACAGGCAAGGAAGCUGGAAGACCGGUGAAAAUGAGGACGGGUCCUCUGAGGAGGAGAAAAAACUGGAGGAGAAAGUGGAGGAGAACAGCCAAAAAGCUGAGGUGUAAAGAAACAGCAGCCCUGCUUUGGAAAUGUGAAAGUGGGAACGUGGAACUUUUGCACAUUUCUCUUCACCUUUGUCUUUGGG